AUGCCCAAACACAAGCCAACCUCUGGCCCUAUUCCUCCAGUGAAGAAACAGCACUCUGUGAUGACCCUGGAAGAAAAAGUGACUAGCCAGGUUAGUGACAUACCUCUAGUGAAGGUGGAGAAGGCAUUAAACAUCUGGGUGGAGGAUAUGAACCAGAAACAUGUCCCCAUCGACGGCAACAUGCUCAGGGAGAAGGCACCGAGUCUUUAUGACCAGUUUAAAUCUGAGGUUCCUGAGGCCAAGGCAUCCACCAGCUCUAAGAAAAGUUUUAAGGCCAGUGCAGGUUGGCUCAACAGUUUCAGGAAGCAUUUCAACCUGAAAAAUAUUAGAUUCACUGGCGAAUCGGCAACGGUGGAAGAGGCAGCUGCACGGGUGUUUCCAGAAGAAUUCAGGAAAUUGAUUAAGGAAAAUGGAUAG